AGUGACAAAUACAAAAAUUGUUUUUGGUAUAAAAUUUCAGUGUUAAAUCAAAUGAAGUUUCAUAACAAGAAACCCUACUCCCUUCCUUUUGUGAUGCUGUGUUUAUAUUCUGAAUAUCACACUGAAAUGAAAUGCAUAUUAGUACUUUACAUGUAAAAGGGAGCUGACUUGUGGGAAGAGGAACAUGAAAAGCCAGACAUGCAAACCCUCCAGCUCCAUCACCUAUUCCUAUGAAAAGGGAACAAGAAGGUACUUGAAAUGGAAUCUGAUUACUUCUGUCUCUAUUACAGCUGACCAAAUAAGUGUGAUACAUCUAUUUCAUCUAUCAAGGUGAGAUACUGCCAUUUCAAAAGUAAAACUUUUAAAAAAACUUCUUCAACCUAUAAAGACUGGAGGGUCUGUGAGGGAAUGAAACACCAACCACAUUAUAACCAAAUUAUGCAGAUAAGGCUAUCAAAGGGUUACCAUGAUAACUUUGCUACUACUUCAGCAUAAUUUCUCUGGAAUGCAGGAUUUCUCCCCCUUUACACAAACGAUUUUAGAUUGCACUUUGACAAAAGAUCUGAGUGAAAACCUGAAAAUAGCUUGCUAGUAUUUUAAGCCAUUGAUUUAUUUGAGAUGUUUUUUAUAUGGACAUAUUUAUUAAGCCUUUGUAGCAUAAAGAAAGCACUUUAAUGUACUAGUCCUGAAGAACAUUCUAGCAUUAAUUAAAAAAAAAAAAAAAACAUUUCUAUAACCCUUCAUCCUCCCUGUCUUUUUCUUUAAAGGUUUCUUAGUACCAAAGCAUGCUCUCAUUCCUUUCAAAGCCUCCCACAAACAAUAAAGCUAGGGAAAAUACUGAAUGGGUGUAGCAAUCAGUAAUUUUUUACUGCUAUCUCAAUGCAGAUGACAAGCUUUCUAGAGAUUCAAUUCAAGGCUAGAUCUGUAGCAGCUUGGUUUUGUUCUGAGGUUAGAAGCAAAUGCAACUUUAUAACUUCUCUGACAGCUGUUCUCACAAGGCCUGGGAGACUGGUCUGGACAAUACAACCACCUGGCUCUGAGCUGAGCCACUUCCUCCCACAAACAGCCACUGUGAUGGCCAGGAAGUGGGAGAGAGAUUUGUUUAAUUGUGAUAAAUACUGCCUGUUUGGAGGGCCAGACUGCCAGCUGUUUACUUUCCUCUUUUGCAAUAUGGUAUUCAGCCAUUGUUUCCAUUGCUUACAGAGAGGCCCAUGAGCUGUGCAAUGCUAACAAGCUAAAAAUCCCAGUGAAAAGCUUUGGGCAGGGGCAUAAAUCAACUUGGUGAAAAAAAAAGCAACAAACAAAAACAACAACAAAAACUGGAUCCCUAACACUUGGCUCAUUUGGGCAACUGCAACGAGCAGGUGAUCAACCCCAAAUGACCCAACAUAUGCUUUGUGGGGUACUGUCCUGGACAGGGAAAUGUCACCCCUGCAUAAGGGGUAUUUGACUCUUCUCCUUUUCCACAGAAAGUAAAGAAUUGCACAAGUGCUAUUUUCUAAACCAGAUCUAUUUUCAAGUGAGGUUUAAAGCAAAAGAUAUUUUGACCUUCUGAAAAUCUGCUGAAGAACUGUUUUGUAAAUAAUCCUCAAGUUACAUCCCUGCUUCAAAACAAAGGGCAAAUUUAACCAUGUUGCAUUUAAAAAACAAAAACAAAAAACUCAGAAGAAGCUUUCAUGUUGAACUCAGUGAGGAGUUCACUGAGAGCUGGACAUCUGCUUAGAUGUCCUAAAUCACUCACAUUGCAUUUCUGGAAGGCAAAUGAAUACCUCCAUCUCAUUUGUGCUUGUUUCUAUCUAAUAUCUAAGCACAGCAAAGGAUGGCAGAUUCCUGGCCCUUCCACUCCUUAGAGUCUAAAGUCCUGAAAAACUAAAACAAAUUUUAUGUCACUUUGACCCAUAAAAGACAGGAAAAAAGUUCUAGUCUAAUGCAAGACUCUGAAAAACUCCAGUGCUUUGGAUGGAACGCAAAUAGCCUGGAUGGAAUAAACAUCUCAUUUGUAAAUGACGUUUUCAUAUCACUUACAGAAUUCAAAGAUCUUGCUGGAGGAUGGAGGGAAAGACUCAGAGAAGCCCAUUAUUUUGGUAGGAGUUAGAAGUAAUUUUGCAAGAAAACUCACUGUUGAAGAAACACUAGACAUUUAGAAGGUCAGUUUUAACCACAUUUCCAUACUGAUAAGCUUUCAAUAAAUGAGAUUUUCAAUGUAUAUGGCACAACCUGUCCAAAACUUUUAGACCACAAUGCUGCUACACUGGCAAACAUCUUCAGUUUAACUAUCUUCUUAUACUUUUGAACUCUUCAUGGUACUCACUCACAUAGGCAAAGACAAUACUUUAAAAUGUGCUUAGAGUGUUGACCACAAUCCCAUUAGAAGCCUAAUGUUUGCUGUCAGGGGUAUAACAUGCUUAAGCUUACUGAUCUUCAGACAAUCAACUUAUACAGGCUCUUUCUGGUGGAGACACUACUAAAUGUGGCAACCUUUGAGUACCACCUGUACUUGAGGAAGUCUGCUUUCAGAAGCCAGCUUCUUCCUUCUUGCAAUCUAUUUAUUUUUCAGUGUUCAGCCUUCAAUUUCCUGUCUAAGAUGACUAAGGCCAGAUAAACUACUGCCUGAAAUGCUGAAUACCUAUGAUUUUUGCCACAUUGGCUGCUGCACCCCUCAGCCCAGCAGGUUACUUCUCUCUGCUAAAGGUCAGGGGUCUGUGGUGGCUUACAGACACUGACAGACACAUGCUCUGGACUCUCCUACAAGAAAAAACUGGUCUUAGUAGGGUGGAUGGCAGCGUGGUACUGAUUGUUGUCCUUACCUUCAUGCCACUUUCACACAGCCAGUGUUUUCACUUAAGUAAGAUCUGUUUUGUGUUCACUCUUACUUACUAAAUAAUUUUUGUUAUUUUUGACCCCACUGAAAGACAUACAUGACAAUAUUAUUUCUUUACUCUGACUGGAAGGAUCUGCCCUCCCUGCACCCCUGGAAAGUUACAAGGAGCUGAGGAACUGAUAUGCAAGGCAGGAUUCACAUGAACUGCCUUUCUACAGCCUGCCCACAGAACCUCUUAGGCACUUCUGCAGGCAACACACAAUUCCCUGGGAACAGUCUCAGCUCUAGCCUGCUUAUUCUGUCUUGUUGGAGACCCUAUUGAGACAAAGCCUAUCCAGAACUGAAAGUUUCAUUUGUUUUGAAGAGAUAUGGCUCAGGCCUCAAAGCCAUGACAUGACCUGUGAGGAGAUGGCUGGGAAGGAGCCCAAACACCUUAUCUGUGAAGAGUUCCACUGAAGUCCUGUGAUAACUCAAGAUGAAAGCAUUGCAGAAAUAUGCAUGAAUAUUGAGGCACUCUUCCUCUAGACUGCAAUUCCUCUCCCAGCCCAUUUUAGGGUGUCAUUCUGAAACAAAAUAUAGCAUAUGGAAAACAUCUGCCCAUUACAUUCUUAACUGCCCACUUUUAAGAAUCUUUCCUUUAACAUAUUUCAAAAUAAUUGAAGCACAGACAGAAGGUUAAUCCACUCAUGGCAGGUACAUCAGAGUGCCCCAAAACCCCAAAAUCUGACUCUGGUCUGCUCAAUAUAUCUCUCUGUUGUUUGGCUUCAAUAUUGCAUUUACUGCAGCUCAUUAGAUUGCUAUCUGAUCCAAGAUAAUUCAAACAGGUCACUAAUUUGAUUAUGAAAUUGACUGGCAACAUUCAAGUCCCUGAGAAGUCUCCCCCAGGAUGCAAGACUAUUGCUUGUACUCUGGCUGACAAUUUGCCACUUGCCUUUGCAUAUUUUCCUUACCAUCUUUCUGGUUUCACACACUGAAAGAACUGCUUUCCCCACCUCACUCAAAGCAACUCAUCUUUCUAUUGCAUCCCCUAAAAAGUUACAUAAGGAGGAGAUGUAAGGAUCUGUUAAAACCUUAUAUAGUCAGCUAUCAAAAGCACAGUAGUGCCCUAAGGAAAGAAUGGAGUGACUCCCCGUGGUGUCUGGGGCAGUAACUAAGCCCCAGAUGGAUCCCCUUUCUAUCCUUUCCACCUUUUUAAUGUGUUGUUUGAUAAAAGCCUCUUGAUAAUGUAUAAAACAUUUGGGCUUCCAGGAAUAAAACCACAAACAACAAAGAGAAGCAGUAAGAGUGUCCUGACCUUCCAAAGAGAAGUCACAAUCUGAUUGGAACAGGAAGGAAUGUAGGAAGUCUACAUGUUCAACCCAAAAAGAGUCUCCAGGAAAGCACAAUUUUUUAAAGUUUUUUUUUUAACUGUCAAGUCAAAAUGAAAGUGCAACAGACUUCCACAUGAGGGUGUGGUGUUUGAAGACAAAAUGCAAUGUGUCAGAGCAAUUGAGAUCACUUCACUGAGGCACAUCUCAAUUGCAGUACCUGCUACUCAUCUGCUGACAAAGAAGCUUUGCCACAGUCUUAGAUAUGAAUAACUCAACAGAUUACUGGAUGGAGGAUGAGGAGGAUAAUCUCAACCCUCUUAUAGAUUACAAUACCUAUGAGCUUCUCUGUGAAAAAGGUGAUGUGAGAAAUUUCAGAAAAUUAUUCCUCCCAGUGUUCUAUGCACUAGCUUUCACAGUUGGAGUGGCUGGAAACUCAUUAGUGGUUGCAAUUUACGCCUACUGCAAGAAACCCAAGACCAAGACAGACGUGUACAUCAUGCACCUCGCCAUCGCUGAUCUGCUCCUGCUCUUCACCCUCCCUUUUUGGGCUGCAAAUGCAGUGCAGGGAUGGGAACUUGGAAACCCAAUGUGCAAGCUCACUUCUUCUCUGUACACCAUGAAUUUCAGCUCCAGCAUGCUGUUCCUGGCCUGUAUCAGUGUGGAUAGAUACAGGGCCACUUCUGACUCCCAGGGCUCUAGAAGAGUUGGCAAACACUGCAGUGUUACCUGUAUCUGUGUCUGGCUGGCUGCCAUUUUCCUCAGUAUUCCUGAGCUGAUAUUUAAUCAAGUCAAGAAACACAAUGAGAGGAAUGAAUGCCUUCCUGUAUUUCCUAUGAACAUGGAAACACUCUUAAAAUCAACCAUUCAAAUCCUGGAAAUUAUCCUGGAAUUUCUGCUUCCUUUCCUAGUAAUGCUGAUCUGCUAUUCUGCUACUGCUCGGGCAAUCUUUAGGUCAGCAAAUGUCAAGAAGUCCAGGCCUUUCACGGUUCUGCUGGCAGUAGUGGCUACUUUCAUUGUCACCCAGCUGCCCUACAACAUCGUGAAGCUGUGGCGUGCCAUAGACAUCAUCUACGUGCUGGUUACGGACUGCAGCGCCAGUAAAACCAUGGAUGUGGCGCUCCAGGUCACCAAGAGCAUGGCUUUGUUCCACGCCUGCCUCAACCCUCUCCUCUACGCCUUUCUGGGCGCCUCUUUCAAAAUGCACAUCAUGAAAAUCGCCAAAAAUUAUGGGUACUGGAGAAGACAGCAGCAGAAUGGAAGACCUGAAGAAAUUUCUAUGAAUUAUGAAGACCCUACUGAAGAAACAGUCAGUUUCACUAUAUAGGCUUCCAUUGCUCCCAUCAUCUUACAUAACCAAGGGAAUUGUUUGCUAAUUCCAGAGGGUAUUGUUUCUGCAGCUGUUUCCCUUCAACUCAACUUUCAGAUGAAUUUCUGAACCUGCCAAGGCACUACAGAGCACUUCAAAGUGGAAUGUGUUUAUCAGAAUUAAGCAAGAACUGAAUACUGAAAUCCCUAGAAACAACCCAAGAUAUUUACUAAACAACAACAUCAAAGAACAAAAACAAAAACAAAAAACCCCCAAAAAAACAACCCACCACAACAAAACCCAAACACCUAAAAACAUCCCCAAGUUUAAAAUUUUAAAGUGUCACAGUACUAGGCAAUUAAGUAACUGCGCAAUGAAUAACCUGUACACAUCUAAGCAUGCAAUUAAAAUGGGGGGAAAAACCAUCAUCAAUCAAGCAACAAGAACCUUUGUACCAGAAGUUAAUAAUCUUGUGUUUCUCCAACUAUUUUGUAAAACUUUAGAACAUUUGCCUAACAGUUCAGUUCCAUUUCUCAAUUCAACUAUCAUUCCAUAGAUAUCCUUGCAGAUUGAAAUGAAGUACAAACUUAUGGCUGAGAAUUGAGAGGGAGUAAGAGGGGGGAAAACCAUUCUCUAUGUGUUUCUACAAAUGUAUAGCAGCAACAUCCUCCACAAAAACAUCCCAGCAACUCUUUUUCUAUAACUACAGAAAAAAUGACCUUUCAUCUAUUCUUUUCUGCUCACCCUAAACUUCAACAAGACCAGUGCUCUAAGGGUGACACAUUCUAGAUUUUUGUAAAUGUAAUAAAAUGUUCAGUUAAUCUUCGGAUAAAGUACUUGGAUUUCUAUUCAGAAUUAUUAAAAUUAAUCAAGCAUUGCAAUAACUGUAUCUGCUAAAACAUGUGAAGAUAGAAUAAAAUCAAAGAAUAGAAAAGGUG